AUGUGUCUUCCAGUUUCUAUUUCCUUACUUAAAGCACUAACUAUUUGGCUCAUUUUAGUAUUAAGCAAUCAUGUUGGUGACUCUCUAGGUUUAAGAAUGCACUUAAGGGGCUUAAAAUUUAACCACAAUGCUAAAUCCAAUGGUUUUGGUUUGUAUUUGCGGCGUUUAAAGUUUAGACACCAUGGUAAAUAUGCUAGCAAGUUCACUCCAACAAAUAGUCAUAAACUAAGUAGCCCUUCUUCAUAUUCUUCAUCUCACCCUUAUUAUUAUAGUCCUCCAUAUCCUUCUAAUCCCACAAUAAGCCCUAUUACUAAUCCUCCAACAAAUACAUUAACCCCUUCUUAUGGUCCUAGUUCUAAUAACCCUUUAAUUCAACCUUCUAGUCCUCCUCUUAUUGUUCCAAAACCUACAUCUCCUUCCAUAAGUCCUUUGAACCCUCCUACAAAUCCUUCAAGUCCUCCUCUUAUUGUUACAAAGCCUAUAUCUCCUUCCACAAGUCCUUUGAAUCCUCCAACAAAUCCAUCUAACCCUCCUAAGAAUACACCUAAUCAUGUUUUUACCCCUUCACCAAGUCCUAUUUUGUCUUCUAAUCCUUUAGGAACUCCAACAAAAGCUCCUUCUAUUCCUUCUACCAAUCCUUUCAUCCCUACAAUAUCUCCUAAUGCUCCUUUUAAUCAUCCCACGAUAAGUCCUCCUAUUCCUUCCAAGACUCCAAUUGAUUUUCCAAGUCCUCCAACCAAUCCUAUUGCACCUUCAAUAAUUUCUCCUAUUAAUCCUCCCACAAUCCCUUUCUCCCCUUCACCAAGUCCUGCUCAUGUUCCUCCUAAUGCUCCUAAUACAAGUAUUUCAAAGCCACCCAUAAGCCCUCCUAUUCCUUCUAAACCUUUGGGUUUGCAAGUAGGCUUCUACAAAGGAUCAUGCCCUAAUAUAAAUGUGGAUGUUGAGUCUUCUAUUAUCGCUAAAGUCCAAGAAGAAUUUCGAAAGGAUGCUUCUCUUCUUGCUGCCCUCCUUCGUAUGCAAUUUCAUGACUGCUUUGUCCAUGGAUGUGAUGCAUCCAUCUUAAUUGAUGGACCUUCCACAGAGAAAAAUGCCGGUCCAAACUUAAGCGUUAGGGGAUAUGAGUUUAUCGACACUUUAAAGGAUGUCGCAGAAUCGGAAUGUCCUGGUGUUGUCUCUUGUGCUGACAUUAUUGCUAUUGCUACCAAAGAACUUAUUAAGCUGGGUGGAGGACCAGAAUAUUUGGUAGAAACAGGGCGGAGGGAUGGGAUGAUAUCAAGAGCUGAAGAUGUAAAGCUUCCAAGCCCAUUUGGAUCGGUCGCUCAGAGUAUAUCUGCCUUUGCUGCUAAAAAAUUCACUACCCAAGAAAUGGUGGCUCUUUUUGGUUGUCACACAGUUGGAAUUUCGCAUUGUACUUUCUUUCAAGAUCGGCUGUAUAGAGGUACUAGAGAUUUCGACCCAAACAUGGAUCCGAACCUUCGUCGACAACUAAUUCCUACAUGCCCACAAGGCUCAACAUCUAACAAUUUCACCUCUCUUGAUCAAAAUCCUGAAAGUUCCAACAUUUUUGAUAACUCAUUCUACGAUCAAAUUCUGAAGCAACGAGGGAUCCUACCAAUCGACCAAGCAUUGGCUCGUGAUAGUAAUACGAGAGGGUUUGUUCAACAGUUUGCUACAAAUGGAGCCUUAUUCAAUUCUAAAUUGGUUGAUGCUAUGAUUAAACUACAAGCCCUUGAUGUCCUCACUGGUGAUCAAGGACAGAUUAGAAAAGUUUGUAGUAAAUUCAACUAAGAAUUAUAUAUAAUUAACGUAACAA